AUGACCAUGAAGCGAAUUCCGCUCCUCACAACCGCUAUGAGCACUGUGGCUUUUCUCCCAUGGCUUGGCUUAGCAAGCGUGGACUGUCCCAUCACUGGGCCUGGUGCUGUCCCGACGACCAUUCAGCCCCUGGAGAUUGUUCAUUGCAUCCCGCUUCACCUCAGCACUUCUGUUUCCCAGAAUGUCACCUUUACCGUCAUGGGUACUACGGUCAAAGUCACCAAUGCUCCUGCAUUGAUUACAUCUGACUUCCUGGCUACCACUACGGUCACGUACAUCUCCACUGUCAACACCGAAUCGCCCUACACAGGACCUUGCGUCACGGUAACUGCAGCUCUACCUCCCGGGUCUAAGCCUUCGACUAUUGUAAUUGCCCCACAGAGCGGCCAGGCCACAGGGACAAAGUACAUAUGUUCGCCGCUUGAGUCAAACAAGCCUUGGCUGCCGGGAACGGACAACCCAGGCAACUACCCAUACAAUGGAAGCAUGACGACGUUCACCGCUUUUUAUCCAGGCUCGGCCAAGACAACGUUGACGAUUCCCCCUGCUGGUGGCGACCAGACAGGCACUGAGCUCGUUCUGAAUCCCACGCCCAACGUUGGAAAUCCCCCUUUCAACGGACCUUGCGCGACAAUCACAGCUCCAGGAUUCGAUACAGCAUUGAUGACGUUGACCCUGCCUCCAUCGGGAACUGAUCGAAUCGGAACUCAGAUUGUCUGCGUCCCCCCUGCUACGGGAGGUCUGAUAACUAGCACGUCGACUGGUACUCAACCUGGCCAGACAGGACUAUUAACUCUUUCCCCCGGGAAGCCCGGAGAUCCUACAACAAUCGUUACCAUCGUGUCUCCCCCUACAGGAGGAUUCGUGACUUCUACGUUGACUGCAACCUUACCAGGUCAGACCGGGUUGUUAACCCUUACGCCUGGUAAGCUCGGAGAUCCUGUUACUGUUGUUACCGUCGUGCCUCCUCCCACUGAUGGGCUAGUAACUUUCACGUCAACUGGCACCCGUUCAGGUCAAACCGGAUUGCUCACUCUUACGCCUGGCAAGCCCGGUGAUCCUACAACGAUAGUUACUAUCGCCCACCCUCCCAGCGGCGGCUUAGUGACAUUAACUUCGACCGGCACUGGUCCAGGCCAAACCGGCCUUCUCACACUGACCCCCGGUCAACCAGGAGAUCCCACUACCAUUGUCACGAUUGAGCCCCCUCUCAGUGGCGGCUUGGUCACUUUUACCUCAACUGGCACUCAGUCAGGUCAGACUGGUCUCCUCACACUGAGACCCAGCCAACCAGGAGACGCAACAACAGUUGUCACCAUUGUACCUCCUCCCGCCGGCGGCUUAGUUACCUCUACUUCAAUUGGCACUCAGUCAGGUCAGACUGGUCUUUUCACACUGACGCCCAGCCGUCCUGGCGAUCCGACCACUGUCGUUACUAUUGUGCCACCUCCUGUUGCCACAGGAGGAUUCGUCACAUCCACGUCGACAGGAACUCGGCCCGGCCAAAUUGGUCUUCUUACCUUGACGCCUGGUCAGCCUGGCGACCAAACUACAGUCGUUACUAUUGUGUCCCCUUAUUCAGAGGGAUUGACGACUGUCACGUCCACCGGUACUCAGACUGGCCUUACAACCCUAACGCCCGGCCGGCCAGGCGAUCCGACGACAGUCAUUACUUUGGUCUCAACUCCCGUCGGUGGUAUUGUCACGGUCACUUCUACAGGAUCAACCACUGGACUUAUAACUCAGAAACCUAGUCGUCUUGGAGACUCCACGACAGUCAUAACAUUCGCGACGCCUCCCGCCGGUGGACUGACCACAGUCACUUCGACAGGCUCGGCGACUGGUUUAACCACUCUUACACCUGGAAAACCUGGUGAUCCUACUACUGUCGUCACGCUUGUAACUGGCCCUCCUUUUGUCACAGUCACGUCCACAGGCACAACGACAGGUCUAACUACUUUGACACCUGGAACACCUGGGGACCCUACGACUAUCGUCACAUUUGCAACUAGCCCGCCGCCGGUUACAUUGACCUCUACCGGCACUACCACAGGCCUCACUACAGUUUCAGGAGGCCCAGGAGGCCCGAAGACUGUUAUUACGUUUGUUCUUCGCCCGGGGGUUCUGGUUACAGUCACCUCUACCGGAACCACGACCGGAGUCACGACGGUUAAUCCCACUGACCCAGUUGGCACCACUAGCGUGAUCACAUUCGUGACUCUACCAGCCCCUGUAACACUCACGUCGACCGCCAUUACUACGGGAUUGACUACCAUUCCUGGGGGACCAGGCGGCCCCAACACUGUCGUCACUUAUGUGGCCCCGUCAGCGACGAGUGAGGUUCCGCCUGUGACCGUCACAUCAACAGCUUCAACCACCGGUCUGACUACGCUGGCCCCUGGCCCCGACGGUGGCCCUUCGACCGUUGUUACUUUUGUAACUCCGUUAAUAAGUCCUCUUUCUCCCGUGACCGUCACAUCGACGGCAUCGACCACCGGAUUAACUACUCUCCCCCCCGGCCCCAGCAGUGGCCCAUCGACUAUCAUCACUUUUGUGACUCCCUCAGCCAGUCCUCUCACGCCAGUCACGGUCACAUCAACAGCAUCCACCACCGGCCUAACAACCCUUCUUCCGGGCCCCAGCGGUGGCCCUUCGACGGUUGUUACUUUUGUGACCUCCUCGAUCCCUCUCACACUAGUCACAGUGACUUCAACUGGGGACGUGACUGGGCUGACAACCCUUCCCCCUGGCCCUAGUGGCGGCCCUUCGACUGUCAUCACUUUCGUCACUCCCUCCGCUCCUCUUAUGCCAGUGACUGUCACCUCAACAGGCUCAACGACCGGCCUAACGACUCUCCCCCCCGGCCCUAGCGGCGGCCCGUCUACUGUAGUCACAUUCGUGCCCCCUGUCACUGGCUUCUUGACGACAAUCACCUCGACGGGCACAAAGACCGGUCUCACAACUCUACCCGCCACCGCGGGCGGUACAACGACUGUCGUCACCUAUUCUUGCGCUGUGCCAACGACAUCACAAACGGUCUCCGCCAGCAGCACCCAAGGCGCCCAGGCGACAAUCACAGUACCCGCAUGUGCAGAAACCAUGACAUUUACAAUGAUUGGCGGCGCCGGUGGACAGCUUUAUCGUGGCGGAGGCUACGGACGAAGAAUUACCGGGUCCUAUGCCGUCACGCCCGGGCAACGCAUCAAUGCCAUCGCAGGAGGCGCCGGUGGCGAGGGGGACGUGGGCCCCGGUGGAUCGAGCGCAUUCGGCAGCGGCGGAAACGCCGUCACCGGAGGCGGCGGCGGCGGAGGCGCAUCGGCCAUUUACGUCGGCGGCAGCACGCUCCUCGCCGUUGCGGGUGGAGGCGGCGGCGGUGCCAACUACUACUUCUCCUCGUCGACUUCGGCAGCACCUGAUCGGCAGAUUGUGAAUGACGACAAUACCGGGAACGCGGGAACGCAAGGUCACGGCAGGGAGUUCGCCGCUGCCAACGAUGCUUCGGCAAUCUACUCGUACGCGAUGGGAGGGAGUCCGGGCACAGCGAGUGCCGCUGGCGCCGGAGGCGUACAUACGGGAUACUCCACCGCGGCCAAUAACGGUGUGGCGGGGAGCGGACGGAGCGGGGGCAACGGCAGCCCUACGCCUUUUGUCAACGGGAACGGUGUGGGGGGUUCCGGCGCCGGUGGGGGAGGAUACUUUGGUGGCGGGAGCGGGUCCAGCGUCUAUCUGGUCUUCACCAACGGCAACGGUAUCGCGAGUGCUGGAGGCGGAGGCGGUUCGAGUUUCGUCGACGGCGCUGUUACCGGCGCUACGCAGGGCGGCGCGGAUGCCAUUUACGGAUAUGUCAUUGUAUCCUUUUCUUGA